AUGGCCUUUUCACUGCACAGUCACUCUGGGCAGUUUUGUCCAGGCCACGCUCAAGAUGAGUUGGAAGAAUGCAUCCAAGCAGCCAUUGCCAAAGGCUUUCAGGUAUUCGGCCUGACGGAACAUAUGCCGAGAAAUUCGCCCAAGGAUCUUUAUCCCGAAGAAGUUAUUGCCAAAGAGAGCAUUGCGAAGCUCACAGUGCGCCACGAUGCCUUUCUUAAGGAAGCCAUGCGUCUCCGGGAAAAGUAUCACGGCACUAUCGCCCUCCUUAUUGGCUUUGAAGGCGAAUGGAUCCGGCCGUCAUACGGUCCACUCAUCCUCGAUCUCGCACGCGCUCCGGAAAUUGAUUACUUUAUCGGUAGUGUCCAUCACGUGCAUGAGAUCCCAAUUGAUUAUGAUGAGAUUAUGUAUUCGCGUGCCCGCACUAUUUCUGGAGGUAGUGACGAGCGCCUUUUUGAAGAUUAUUUUGAUGCGCAACUUGACAUGCUGCGCACUGUGUGUCCACCGAUCGUCGGACAUUUUGACCUGAUCCGUCUUUGGAGUGAGCGGCGCAAUACGGAUCUACGCGAGUUUAAGGGCGUCUGGCAGCGAGUCGUGCGAAAUCUUACCUUUAUCGUCGAGCUAGGAGCUCUCUUGGAGAUUAAUAGCAGUGGGCUUCGUAAGGGCCUAUACGAACCAUAUCCUAUGCGAUGCGUGUGUGAGGAAUUUUUAGCCAUGGGCGGCCGCUUAACUAUGGGAGAUGACAGUCACGGCACUGCUCAAGUCGGAACGCAUUAUCCUGCCGCUAUCAGCUAUAUCGAGAGUCUAUCGGUGAAGGAGAUUUGGUGUUUUGAUAAAAAAUUGGGUGAAAAGGAAGGCCAUUCGAUGACAGUGAGGGGCAUCUCGCUACAAUCGGUGAAAGCUAGUCUAAAAGUUUAG